AUGAAUCCCGAAAAGAAAUCACUGGAGUCAAGCUUGGUCGUUGAUGACUCAACUUUAUCUCCAACAGAUCAAAAGCAAAGUAUAUGGACCUCAUUCAAAGAUUCAUUCAAACCGGCUAUACAAACCGACCACACAUUGAAAAUCAACCAUGACCCAGCAGACUUGGAGAAAUUGACUGAUUUGGAAAAGAUCAAUCUCAACUCAGCCAACUCGAGUUUGCGUCGAGAUUUGAAAGCACGUCACUUGCAAAUGAUUUCAAUAGGGUCAAGUAUAGGUACUGGGUUGUUUGUUGGUACCGGAACGGCAUUAAACACAGGGGGGCCUGGAGCUAUAAUAAUUGCUUGGGUAGUUACUGCUACUGCCGUGUUUGCUACGAUGCAAGGGUUGGGUGAAUUGGCAACAACGUUCCCCAUCAGUGGUGGAUUCAAUGUAUAUGCUAGUCGAUUUAUCGAACCUGCUGUGGGAUUUGCAAUUGGGUGGAAUUACUUUAUGCAGUUUUUUGUCUUGUUGCCCUUGGAAUUAGUAGCGGCUGCAAUCACAAUCCAGUAUUGGAACUCAAGUAUAAAUUCAGAUGUGUUUGUGAUUAUAUUUUGGGUCGUUAUUACCUUCAUCACCAUGUUGGGAGUCAAGGCAUAUGGUGAAGCCGAGUUUAUAUUUUCAACAAUAAAAGUCUUAGCCGUUAUUGGGUUUAUCAUAUUGGGGAUCGUUUUAAUUUCCGGUGGUGGUCCGACUCAUGAAUUUGUUGGUGGGAAAUAUUGGCACAAUCCUGGGCCAUUUGCUGCAGGGUUUAAAGGUGUUGCCUCAUGUAUUGUGACAGCUGCAUUUUCUUACGGUGGCACUGAGAUGGUUGGGUUGACAGCAAGUGAAACAUCAAAUGUCCGUCAAUCAUUGCCAAGAGCCAUUAAACAGGUAUUUUGGAGAAUUGUGCUCUUUUAUUUUGGUUCACUAACCAUGAUUGCUUGCUUGGUUCCUUACAACGACAAGAGGCUAUUAGGACUGAGUUCAGUAGAUGCAUCUGCUUCUGCAUUCACUAUUGCAAUUAUCAAUGGGGGUAUUAAAGGAUUGCCAAGUGUAAUCAAUGCCGUCAUUUUAAUUUCAGUUUUAUCAGUAGGAAACGCUUCGGUUUACGCUACAUCAAGAUCAUUGAACUCAUUGGCUGAGCAAGGAAUGGCACCUAAAUGGAUGGGAUAUGUUGAUCGUGCUGGUAGACCAUUAGCUGCUAUCGGAAUCACCAAUGCCUUUGGGUUGUUUGCCUUGAUUGCUGCCAACGACAAUGCGCAAGAAGCAGCAUUCGACUGGCUACUUGCAUUAUCGGGACUCUCCUCAAUUUUUACUUGGAUGAGUAUCAACUUGAGUCACAUUAGAUUUAGAGCAGCUUUGAAAUCGCAAGGAAGAACCACUGAUGAAUUACCAUUCGUGGCACAAUCAGGAGUUUUGGGAUCAUAUUAUGGACUAGUACUUAACAUUUUAUUCCUCAUUGCCCAAUUCUGGAUUGCAUUAUUCCCGUUGGGUGAACCACCAAGUGCAUACAGCUUCUUUUUAUCGUACUUGGGAUUCCCCGUGAUCUUAAUUUCUUGGAUCGGUUACAAGAUUUGGAAACGUAAUUUGAAGCUUUAUUUGAAAGCAGAUGAAAUAGACAUAGAUACUGGUCGUGCUGAUGUUGAUUUAGAUUUGUUGCAGCAGCAAUUGGCUGAAGAGAAAGCUGAGUUGGCAGAGAAGCCAUUUUAUUAUAGACUAUAUAAAUUCUGGUGUUGA